AUGGCCUCGGUUUUCCGUAAGCUCUUCCGCCGGAAGAAGCAGCCACCUCUGGUGUGCGCAGUCCAGCUCGACAUGGACAAUGAUCACACUCAUCAGCAUACAGCGGCGUGCUUCAUCGACAUUGAACCACUAGCCGUCGUCGAGCUCUUCCAAUCCCAGGGCUGCCAGUCCUGUCCUCCCGCGAUCCCCGGCAUCCUCGAAGGCGCGAACAAUCACAAUCUUCAGCUACUUUCCUACAACGUCACUCUGUUUGACCAUCUUGGAUGGAAGGACACUUUCGCCAAUACCCAAUGGGAUGCUCGCCAGCGUGCCUAUGUUAGAAAAUGGGCACGCAACAGCCUCUUCACGCCUAUGGUGGUGGUCAAUGGAAUCGCCGAUGGCAGUGGUGCUGGCGGGAAGGACGAGGUCGCUGAUAUCGUUUCGCGAGCACGUGGGCUGGGACACGCAUUAGACUGGCACAUCUACGUUGAUGCCAACGACACUGAUGUGAGGAUCGACUCGGAUAAGCAAGAAAUCGAGCCUCAUGACAUUCUCGUGGUCGUCUUCGAUGCUAAAAGCGAGAAUAUCAAAAUCAAGAACGGCCCAAACAAGGGGAAGAAGGUUGAGCAUAAAAACAUUGUCAAGGAAAUCAUCAAGAUCGGUGAAUGGACCGGAGGAAACGUGGUUGUGCCCUUGCCUGUGGCUCGAAGCGCCAUGGAGCCAGGGCUUGGUGCGGUUGUGAUGGUGCAAGCACCAUUAGGAGGCCCUAUUGUGGGUGCUCAGAGGUUGUGA